AUGCGCUGGACGACUUAUCUUUUGGCUGCGGCAGCUGCUGUGGGUAUAGAAGCCUCAACAUUAACGCCACCAGUCCUCCCGUUGAUUGUACGGAAUCCAUAUUUGAGUACAUGGCUAGGCCAUGCAAGGGAAGAUCCGUGGGAACAUUGGCCCAUAUUCUGGACGGGUCAAGAGGUCGGAUUGUCUGUUCUGGCUGCGGUUGGGAAGUCUGAUACAGUUUAUCCGCUGUUGGGGAGACCACAGGACUCGUUACCAAAAUCUGGGGAAAGCUUCACUGUCUCGUACCCAAAGUACUUGGGAGCGACGUUCGAUGCCUCGACCACAAACCUUACCUACCAUAUUCCUGCCCCGAAUUCAUCCCAUGAUCCUGCUGAGAUCGUCCUGUCCUUUCUCUCCCCGAUUACGCCAACUUCUACACUAAGACAAUCAAUCCCAGCUUCUUACUUGACUGUGCACGUUAGCGGUAACUUCGAGAUUGACAUCUAUAUUGACCUGAAUGGACUGUGGGUCAGUGCGAAUCGAGGAAAUGAAAUUGAGUGGGAAUUGAGCCAGAGUCAAGCAUCUUCUGGAGCAGGAAAAGAAGCUCUCAAGACCUGGAAGAUCAAGAGAAGAAUCGAGCAGCUUUUGACUGAAGAUGCGGACCGAGGAGAAUGGGGGACAUUACACUUUACUGGACCUGCGGAUGUGAGGCACGAAGCUGGAACAUCUGCUCUACUACGACAGAGAUUUUCUCGGACUGGUACAUUGCAGAAUAUCGUAGAUGACAGGUUCCGCUCGAUUAUGGAUGACGAGCCUGUCUUUGCGUUUGCUAAGUCAUUCAAGCUUAAUGGUACCUCUGCUGCAGGUGGCAAAGCCCAUGACAGUGUCCUCUUCACGCUGGCCCACGUCCAGGAUCCGGUCAUCCAAUUUGCAUCCGCUCGCGGAACCACGUUGAUGCGUCCAUUAUGGGCGAGCUACUAUUUGGGGGCAGAUGAAGUCUUACAGUAUCACUACGAUGAUUUUAGCAAGGCAUUCGCACUUGCCAGUAAUUACUCUGGACAGCUUGAAAUCGACGCGCUGAAAUCGGGUUCCGAGGACUACAAGGACAUUCUUGCGGUGAGCGCUAGGCAAGUCUUAGGUGCUUGCAGCUUUGCUGGGACGCCUGAUGAUCCUAUCAUCUUCUUCAAGGAGAUCUCUUCAGAUGGGAAUAUGAACACAGUAGACGUUAUUUAUCCUGCUUUCCCGUUCUUCUUGUAUACCAAUCCGAAAUGGCUUGCGUAUCUUAUGGAACCGUUGAUCGAGCAUCAGAUGAGCGGACAAUACCCGAAUGACUACAGUAUGCAUGAUCUGGGAGCACAUUUUCCUAAUGCAACAGGCCACCCGGAAGGGAGAGACGAGUAUAUGCCUGUCGAAGAGUGUGGAAAUAUGCUCAUCAUGGGUCUUGCUCUGGUAAACUCACUAAAGUAUGACACCGAACCUGCCAGUAUUUGGUCUGCGGUCGGAGAUGACAACCCUAUGGAAUCUACCCGUGGAUCAUUCCCACUUCAUAUCGACGCUGAGGGCAUGGAUGACACGUUUGGAGGGCCAAUUUCAGCUAAAGGGGAGAAGCAAGCCCGACAGUGGAUUCAAAAGUCCUACAAACUGUGGAAGCAAUGGACUGGCUACCUUGUCCGGGAAGCUUUGAUUCCAGCAAACCAAUUAUCAACAGAUGAUUUUGCCGGCUGGCUGGCAAAUCAGACAAAUCUUGCGUUGAAAGGCAUCAUCGGGAUCAGAGCUAUGUCUGAAAUCGCAGAACUGGUCGGAGAGACCAAGGAUGCCAAGUUUUAUCGCAACAUAUCCGAGGUUUAUAUCAAGAGAUGGGAAGAUGAAUUUGCCAUCUCAAGAGACGGUACUCACGCGAAAUUGGCGUACACUUGGUACGGCAGCUGGACGACGCUUUACAACUUGUUUGCGGAUUCGCUUUUAUGCUUCCACUUACCAUCGAGCUCGAAAGUGGCGAUAGCCGAUGGGCAGAAGCCGUUGAUUACACCAACAAUGUCAAGGACGGCAUUUGUAACGGAGAAGAUAUACAAAAUCCAGAGCGACUGGUAUCAUAACGUUCGUCAGAGAUAUGGGCUGCCACUGGACAGCAGACGUCUUGCAGCGAAAAGUGACUGGGAGUUCUUCGCGGUUGCUGUAGCCAGCAAGCAAGUUCGGGAAGAAGUUGUUCAAUCCAUCGCCUUGUGGGUGAAUGAGACCUCGACGGAUUCACCGUUGACAGAUCUGUACGAGACCGAAGGGACUGGCGGAUUCGCUAUUCACUCUUUCAAAGCAAGACCUGUUGUCGGCGGUCACUUUGCCUUUUUAGCGUUGGAGAGAGCGUGUGGUGGGAAAGCUUCUGCUGGCUUAAGCUUCUUGGAUGAUGUGCCAGCACGGGAAUUUGAUAUUCCCACGGGAGAUGGGAGACUCGAUGGGGAACUGUAA